AUGCCAGGGAAAAGGCCUCUAAAUGUAACCAGCAUCAGAUACGCCAAAAGGGAGCGCAAAGCAAUCACUCUAGACGUGAAGCUGGAAGUGCUGAGGAGGUUUGAAGAGGGUGAGAAGCUCAGUCAAAUUGCGAAAGCAUUAGGGCUGGCCAUCUCCACUGUGGCCACAAUUCGAGACAAUAAAGAGAAAAUAAAAGCGAGCUCGGAAGUUGCUUCGCCUUUAAGGGUCACUCAGCUGACCAGAAAUCGAAGCGCGGUGAUGGAAAACAUGGAGCGCUUGUUAAGCUUGUGGAUCGAGGAUCAGAACCGGAGGAAUGCACCACUGAGCACGAUGAUCAUUCAAGAAAAGGCAAAAAGUCUGUUUGAUGAUUUGCAGCGAGAACAAGGCGAAAGCUCGCAAAUGGAAACGUUUAGUGCCAGUAGAGGGUGGUUUGUGAGGUUUAAGGAAAGGCAUGGUUUGCCCAGCAUCAAGGUGAGUAAUGAAGCUGCCAGCACAGCUGCAGCUGGUGAGCUGAAGUAUUCAGAAGUGCUAAAAAGCAUCAUCCAAAAGGGUGGGUACACACCUCACCACGUUUUUAACAUUGGAGAGACAGGACUUUAUUGGAAGCGUAUGCCUGAAAACACAUUUAUUUCUAUGGAAGAGAAUGCUGCCCCAGGGUUUAGAUCAGCCAAAGAUCGCCUGAUGCUGCUUCUAGGAAGCAAUGCUGCGGGUGACUUUAAGUUGAAGCCAUUACUGGUGUAUCAUUCUGAAAACCCCAAGGCUAUGAAGGGCUACUCUAAGCCAAAUCUUCCUGUGAUUUGGCGUUCCAACAAAAAGGCCUGGGUAACAAGGAGUAUCUUUCAUGAAUGGUUUACAUACUUUUUUUGCCCUGCUGUUGAAAAGUACUGUGCCCAAAAUAAUCUUGCCAACAAAGCAUUACUCAUCCUAGAAAAUUCCCCUUGUCACCCUGUAAAUUUAAGCGAUCUGGCUGAUAAUGUAAGAGUAGAAUACCUCAUUGAAAACAAAUCUGACCCCAUCCAACCCAUGGGUCAAGGUGUAAUCUCCACCUUCAAGGCUCAUUAUCUGAAGAAGACUUUUCAACAUCUCAUAGGAGGAACUGAUAGAGAUGAUACGGUUACAAUUAGGGAAUUUUGGAAAAACUACAACAUUAUGAAUGCUGUGGACAACAUUGCUGAAGCAUGGGAUGAACUUGAACCAUCGCUGAUGAAUAGUGUGUGGAAGAAGAUGUGGCCUGAGUGUGUGCAUGUUCAUGAUGUUUCUCAAAUAGAAACUAUUACACAGAUUCAGCAAGACAUUGUGGCCCUUGCAAAUGACAUAGGCUUUGGAGAACUUGUAGAAGCAGAUGUAGGCCAGUUGUUACAGUCCCAUGAUGAAGACCUGUCCAAUGAGGAACUUAUGCAAUUAGAACAAGAGCGAGCUGCAGAAGAGAAAGAAGAGAAUGAAGAUGCUUCACCCAUCCUCCGACAACUGACCACAAAAGAACUGUCUGAAGCCUUUUCCCAUUUUGAGGCAGGCAUGCAAAUUCUUGCAAAUAAUGAUCCCAAUAGUGAAAGGAAAUUUAAAGUUUCAAGAGGAGUCAAUAAUACAAUUAGCUGUUAUCGAGAGCUGUACAAUGAAAAGAAACGCAGGUCAAAGCAACUAUUGUAG